AUGGCGUCUGCUCGCAUCCCGUGGUCUGCUAGGGGCAAGCCGAUCUAUUCACUCGACAACGAGCACCGUGUACCGGAUGCUCUUGAGAGCUUUUCAAAAGAGACGAGCUCUAUUGAAUGCGAUGUCAAGCACAUGAUCAAUUUGCAGGGUGCGUCGAUUCGUGUGGCAGCCAGUAUGGUGCCCUUUAAGGGUAUUCCUCUUUACGUGAAAGAACCACGUAAAGCGGACCGCGAGGCCAUUUCCCACGUCGAGAAACUGGCCUCCCAGUCUCGGGCUCUCAUUUGGCAGCGCACUUUCCCGGUUGACUGCGAUCCUUGGAAUCACGAACAUGGCGUCGAUCCGUAUGCCGGAACCGACUAUGCCCAGGACGGACCAAACCCUUCAUAUGCCUUCACCGGAGAACCGCAGCUCGUCAGGACCGUUGAGUCCAUUACCACCGGAAAUGGGCGUGACUCCAAGGCCGCCUGGUCCGUGAUGGGCAUUCCGUCAUCUACCCGCAGCACCAUCGAAUUCCGCCACCAGCUUUGUUGCCGGUCGAGGACAAAAGUCGAAUUGCAACCGUCCGACUGCCGAAAAACCAAACGCACAGUCAAAGUAUCUGUGGAUGGAGAAACCGAUGCACUCCUCGUCAAGAUCUAUGAGGAAUUUCCACCUGAUCACUGGGUGACGUUCGAUGAAGACGGAGUCGAGAAUUGGCUUCCCCCGGCGGUUUCCCGGAUGAAUCCCAUAACCUACAAAUGCCAGAGUCAUCCUGGAAAGGUCAUCAAUGAUGCUUUUACGUGCUGCGGCAAAUCGGUGUACUCGCGCGAAGGUUGUGUCAAACAUGAGAGGCACGAAGAGCAUCCAACCUACAACUCAACGAUUCAUCAGGAGCUUAGCGCCAAAUACGAGUUCUUUAAUUUGGUCCCCAACGAUGCUGGACAGUGCGAUUACAUCACAAUUUCUGCUGUCUUCGGUUUGAAUGUCGAGCGGCAAUUUGAGAUCAUUCGUCUCGCUGCUAUCGAGUUCCUUUCCGGUUGUGUGUUGAUCGAUUCGCUCGUUUACCCCAGCAUGGACAUGAUUCACUACGACACGCCUCGAACUGGUAUAACCAAGGCUAUGAUGGAAGCUGCGAAGGAAGCUGGUGAGAUCCUUGAGUCACGACACAUCCGGGAGAUUCUUGGGCGCUUGCUCCAUCCUCAAGGACACUUGGUCUUGUUUAACGGGGCCAAACUGUUGAAGGCGCUUCGUCUCAGUACCGCGAGUUCCACGAGUCGGCCCUCCCAUGGAUUCAUCGAGCUCUUGCACUUUGAAUGGAGCACAGGCGAGUACAAGUCUGUGUGGAUCAAACCUUCUCUCAAGGAAGUUACCGCCAAGCGUCUGAAGCGCAAGAUUGGCCUAUCGCCCAAAUUCCGAGACGACCCCGUUGAAAACGCCAUGGCCAUGCGCGACCUACUUGUUUUUUACUCGAAGGUCCUUGGUCAACACAACAUUAAGAACUCUCGGGAUGCGGUUUGGGACUAUCGACCAACACGCCGCCAGGAAACACAUCCCAAGGAGGCUAAUCUGCUCUUGACUCGUGAGCUCCAAACUCUCUCCUUGGGUCUCGAUGAAGACAAGAAGGAAGCGCCUUAUGACGACUGGAACUGCCAGACCUCGCAGUCUGGCCAUCCAAACAGCGAGCCUCGUGUGAUGCCCACGCAGACCUCACAAUCUGAUUACUGGGGCCCCCCGGCUCUCCGCGGAGCGAACGGAUAUGUGGCGGCGAAUUACGUCUCGGAGGAGUUCAAUGCCCUCUAUUCUUCGUACAACUGGGAGCGGACGCCUGGCCUGUAG